AUGUACUAUCCUGUUGGCGUUAAGAAAGGGAUAGAUGUCAUAUUUGACCAAUGUGAUUUCUCAAUUAUAAAGUUUCGCCAUGUCAGGGGUGAUAGAAGAAGGCUCAAAGAGAUACUAGAGAAUUUGCUAAGUAAUGCUAUAAAGUUUACGACAGAAGGCCAUGUUGUUGUUCGCUGUAUAGCAAGGAAAACAAGUAAAGAGAAUGCUAUAAUUGCUUCUAACCGCAGAAGCACAUUAAAUUGUCUCUCAAGGUUGUGUUACAAGAACAGUGGAAGCCUACAUUCGCUUGAUGACAUCCAUACAGUUCAUGAAAAUCCUAAUUGUAUGGAAUUCGUGUUCGAGGUGGAUGACACGGGCUGUGGGAUUCCAAAGGAGAGGCGAAAAUCUGUGUUUGAAAACUAUGUUCAGAUUACAGUCGCUGCUGCUGGACAACAAGGAUGGGGUCUAGGACUCGGCAUCGUUCAGUCUUUGGUACGUUUAAUGGGGGGAGAAAUCAGAAUCGUUGACAAAGAAAAUGGAGAAAAAGGAACCUGCUUUAGGUUCAGUGUCUUUUUGACAGUAUGCAAUCCGGUGUCCACUGUCAUGGAUGAAGAUGGAAACCAUAUGCAAAAUGGAGUUUCUUCAAGUGAUCUUCUGCAUUAUUUUGAAUUACAUAUUCGCUAUCCCAAUACAAGAUUGGAGGGAUCCCAUGUCGUGCUCUUACUUGCAAGUAAAGAGCGCAGAAAGAUUUCCAAGAGAGCAAUUGAGAAUAUUGGCAUAAAAGUAACAGUUGCAGAGACAGAUAAAGAUCUAAGACGUAUUCUAUAUAAGAUAAAGGAAAAGAUGGACCAUUUCCAGCUUAAUCUGCAUGAGAAAUCCGAAUCUAGUCCGCCUGACUACCUGUCCGCGUCCAGCAAUUCUAAUUCAGGAUUGAAUGAAGGGCAUUCAGGUGCUACAGAUGGACAUGAAGCUCAUCUCCCCCAAAGAAAAAGCUUCAACUCCAAAGCUGUCCAAAAUUUUAUACUGAUCGUGAUUGAUGCGGCUAUUGGACCUUCCUUGGAAGCAAGUGCAGCUUUGUCCAGCUUUAAGAGGGAAACACGAAAUUUGCAGUGUAAGGUUGUUUACUGGGACAAUUCAAUUAUUCCUAGAAGGAAUUCAAGAGACGUGAAAGAGCAAAGGCCACUAAUUCCUUGUGACUACAUAUUAAAGAAACCCUUGCAUGGAUCAGGUUUAUAUGGCGUGCUACGACUUCUUCCUGUAUUUCAUGGUGCAUUUCCACCUGAGUCGUUGAUCGUUAAAGCUGAAGCAGUUCAAGAAAAUGAGGGCUCCUCUGAGACUACUGUACCUCCAAAUAGAUUGGUUAAAUUCUCCAGCAAUACUGAGCUUCAAAACGGCAAAAUUUCAACAGACGAAAAACAAGAACUCCAGGAGAUUGUAAUACAUGAUCCAGCUGCUGACCAAAGCUCUCCAAACCCACUCAAGGGAAAAUCUGUAUUGGUAGUAGAUGAUCUCGAGGUAUUACGUAGAGUAGCCAGCACGAGGAUUUCCAAACUCGGUGCUCGAGUGGAAGUCUGUGAGAAUGGGAAGGAGGCUUUCGACAAAGUCUGCAAGGUCCUGAAUGAUGAGAAGGAAAUUAAUCAGGAAACUCUCCCAUAUGAUUUCAUAAUAAUGGAUUGUGAGAUGCCAGUAAUGGAUGGAUAUGAAGCAACAAGACUUAUAAGGAAGGAAGAGAAAAUUCACGGCAUCCAUAUUCCCAUAUUUGCACUAACAGCCCAUGCUAUGCCUGAAGAACACAGAAAGAUUGUUGACGCUGGAAUGGAUUUUCAUCUGUGCAAGCCAUUCGAUGCAGACAAACUAAUGGAUGCCAUUAGAGAUAUUGAGCGCAAAUUCAAACAUUGACUGUUGAAUGGUUUAUUUAUUUAUUUGUUUGGAUUGUAUUUUUUUGGACUUUUUGUAG